UCGUCGUGAAUGGUGACAGGUUAAGGUGAGUCUGAAAAUUUGUCCCGAAUUUAUUUCGGUUUUUGUUCUGAAUAUUUGUCUUUUCGGUUGAAUUAAAUUGGUGAAAACAUUCCUCAAAGAAUCUGAAAGUGUAAUUUGGUGCAGGAUUUUAUCGAAGUGCGUAAAUUUUGCUAUUUUUUCAGUUCUCGUGAUUUUGACCGCGUGGUAGAUUGAUGUUUGUAUUAUGGUGCUGUGAAAUUGUAGUCAAUUCGUUCGAUUCAAAGUUGCUUUUCAUUCAAAUAAUUGUUGCAUUGUCGGUCAGUUCUAAAGUAGUUUUCCGAUUUACAAAUUUCUUUGAAAUAUUUUUUUUCGUGUUGCAAAUAAAGUGCGGAAUUUCAAGUGUAACUUUACGACAUAACCUCAAACCACGGCGCCUAUGUGGGAAAUCAAUGAUUUUGUGUUCAUUUAAUCACUGCACGCUACGAGAUUCCUAAAUUAACCGACACAACACGACCACAAAAUGCCACAAAAUGAGUAUAUGGACCGUCACCGUAAAUUACACGGUCGACGUUUGGAUUACGAAGAGCGUAAACGCAAACGUGAAGCACGUUUGCCGAAGGAACGGGCGAAGAAGGCACAAAAACUGCGUGGCAUCAAGGCGAAACUGUUCAACAAGGAACGGCGCAAUGAAAAGAUUCAAAUGAAAAAGAAGAUCCAGGCACAUGAGGAAAAGAAAGUGAAAAAACAAGAGGACAAAGUUGAAGAUGGUGCAUUGCCGACAUACCUGCUGGAUCGUGGUGUUCAGUCCAGCGCCAAGGUCCUCUCAAAUAUGAUCAAACAGAAGCGAAAAGAAAAGGCCGGCAAAUGGGACGUUCCGAUUCCGAAAGUCCGCGCUCAAUCCGACGCUGAAGUGUUCAAGGUCCUGAAAUCCGGCAAAUCGAGACGAAAGGCUUGGAAGCGUAUGGUGACGAAAGUGACAUUCGUCGGCGAAAAUUUCACCCGAAAACCACCGAAAUUCGAGCGCUUCAUUCGGCCGAUGGCAUUGCGAUUCAAGAAGGCUCAUGUUACGCAUCCGGAACUGAAGGCAACAUUCCAUCUGCCGAUUCUUGGGGUGAAGAAGAAUCCCAGUUCGCCAAUGUUCACGAGUUUGGGCGUUAUCACAAAGGGUACGGUGCUGGAGGUCAACAUUUCCGAAUUGGGUCUGGUCACACAAACGGGAAAAGUCGUUUGGGGUAAAUUCGCCCAGGUGACAAACAAUCCGGAGAACGAUGGAUGUAUCAACGCUGUGCUCUUAGUUUAAGAUUUUCGUCUUUACGUGUCUGUUAUCGCCCGAUAUCGAACCAAUAAAAAUUGGAAUUUCAAUUUUUCAAA